AUGAUACAGGAACCAAAACGUGUCCAGCCGCUUGCUAUGCGCCCUGACUCUUCCGAAGAUAGUGAACUGCUGCAGCAAGCUAGAGAAAGGCGUGACCGUAUCGUAGCCGUGUAUUCUAAGAUUUAUGGCAUUGCCAAGUUCGUUUUCAUCAUCUUGAUGGCGUACGGUGUGGAGCUUGACGAUGCGCACAGUGGCAUAAAAUUCCACAUCGAGCAGGUCGAGGACCAGAUGGCUCAGGAUUCCAACGCGCAGCUCCUCCAGACCAUCGAAGACCUGUUCUAUGCACUCUAUGCACGACUGAACAUCGAAAUCACCAAUGUGCAACUCUCUGAGAGCUUCCAACGGGACAACGAUGGUGGAACGACGCGAAUGGGCCAGAGCGGCUAUCGAUCCGUAUCUUCUGCUGGGCAAUACCUCCCAGGACCAAGCAACGUCAGCAUGAUCUUCCAGGCCUGCAAACGGCUGCUGACGUCAGAGGAUAUCUGCAACAUUCUCGAUCAAGAGCUCAUUUGCAUGAAACAGGCGUCUUACGUCCAGAAUGCGGUUGAGGCUUUUGUUGCCAACGACAGCGACGGAUACUGUCAUCGAGAUGACGUGCUGGAUUAUCGCAGACAUGUCGAAAUGAUAGUCUUCGACCCCAAUUCACCCUUCGCAAGGGAGCUGAUUGGUCUGAAUCCCAUUUAUAAACAAGCUCCAUGCAUGGUGCUUGCCACGCUGUCAGAGAAGUAUCUCGGGUUCCAAAGGCCCGCGGACAGGUACGAUGAUAGCAGCAAUGUCUACUACGAGUACGCCGCGGCAGAAAUGACAAGACCAACUCCAAUCCCGCCUCCAACAGCAAUAAUCGCAAUCAGCCGCCAAAACAGCGUCGCUUCCUCCAGCACCUCCUCCUCCGCCUCCUCGGCCGCAACACUCUCGAUGCACCGCCUGCUCCCCGAACGGCGCCGCACCGAAGCAAACCGCGAAGCAGCCUACGCCAUGCUCAACGGCAUCUCCGUCGGCGAGUACAGACGCACUGAGGGAAAACGCGCAUUGCGCCAGUACGUCCGGGACCAGCUCUGCAUCUGCUUCGGUUACUGUUCCUGCGCGCGCAAAUGCACUCUCAAGUUUGCCCGCGCGUGCCCAUGCAGUGCGCGGAUGAGCGUUCUAUGCGAUGUCGAAGUUGCUGGGCAGUAUUAUGGCCAGCCAUGGUUAGACGAAGAAGGGCAUGCGCAGGCGCAGGGCCACCGCGAGCAGCAGGCUGUAGUGAUAAUGGACCCUACGGAGAACUUCUCGAGACGGUGUGCGCAGUUGGGUUGCGCGCUAUUUGCGGGGUUGUGCAGCGUUAGGAAAGGGGUGGUGUUGAGUUUUUUUGAAGUUUAUAUGGAAGUUAAGGCUGGUGCGGAGGUUUUUCAUCAGGAGGCUCUGGCGUAUCGGGAGAUUAUGGGGGUGGUGUAG